GUUUCAGACAAUGUCCCAAGGGAGACGCGCAAUUCGUCCAUCCAUCGGAAUUAAUAAAAUACAUAAUGAUUUUCCAAUGUUACCAAAUGAUGGUUCUGCGCAUUCAAAAAGAGAGAUUAAAUACAAAUUCAUGUAUGGAACAUUUGUGGGAUUUCCGUCUCUAGGUCCAAAAUACAACGGCUGUGUUUUCGCAUGGAUUGAACAAGAACAAAGUUAUUGGCAAAUGAUGUACGACAAUGAUAUUCGAAUGAUCGUGACAAUCAGCGGCACUCAAGGAGAGGACAAUUUCUAUUUUCCUACAAUUCCAGAAGACGAUGGUAUUUACAAGUGUGGAAAGUUUAUAAUAUCUUGCGAGUCUCGGGUCAAUAUGAUGUUCUAUACGAAAAGAGUCUUGAGAUUCAAAGCACCACUUCUGUCUUCAAAGUCUAGGAUCAUUGUCAGUUACACCUUUCAUUUAUGGAUGGGACAAGCUCCCGGCACGGAGUAUUUGACAAAACUCUAUGACAUUUUGUUCAACGAUGAAACCUUCACCUUUGGUUCAAAUCCUUCAUCACCAUUUCUUGUAAUUCAAUAUAAUAUUCCGAUCAAUCAUAUCAUAACCUUCACGUUGCUGGAUAUCCUCCGAAAAACUAUAAAUGAAUCGGUGAAGGAUUCAUACACCAUUGAGCAUUUGUUUCCAAAAGUUAUGGAUGAAAGUGUGACUGUUAAGAGUCAAAAACGCAUAUUUUCUUACAAGUACUUCGAAAACGCUGCACAGUCAAGACCGAAGAUUUGUUGGAGCAGUAUUAAAUAGUUCCCUUUUGCCUAUUAGCAAUUUAUCUCGAUUUUUCUAGCAGAUCCCUCUGCGUUGCUUGUAUAAGAUCGCAGUUAGAAAAAUAUGAUUUAACCAGUACCUUUUAUAUGUUCUAUUUUCUUUGUGUUCUUUUAUUUACCAUAGCUUUUAUAUACAUAUAUUAUAUAUAAUACGUACAUAAAAUUUUAUUCCCCUU